AUGGCUGAAAUCGAAGAGCAGCGCCUCGCUAACCUCAGAAAUAAGGAGAAACUGCUAGCUGAAUUAAACCUCAACUCGAGAGUGAUCAAGUCAGCCAAAGCACAGACAGUAAAGCGCGAGGAUGGCUUGAUCACUAAAAAGCGCAAGAUUGAGGUUCCUGCCGUACCUACCAGGUCAUCAACUAGACUGCAGCAGGCCAGUGAGAGGCCUUCUUACAAGGAGGAGCCAGACGAUGAAAGUCGGCCUGGUAGGACGAAAAACAGGUCAAAAGCACCUGCCAAGGUCGAUGUUGUGGUCGAAGAAGUCCAGCUACAGCCUGCUCCAGAUGUCGACACCAUUCGAGACAACUGGUCAAAGUGGGAGGCUGUAGGGCCGCCGCCGACUCGCGAUGAGGUUGGCACUUUUCAUUUUGAGGACUAUCUGUUGUUUCUACCAAAUAAGUCCCCAGACGAAAUGAUGCGAGAAGGCUGCUUCGGUGGCUCUUACUGGCGCCCUUUAAAAUCGCGCAGACUGGGCAUUCUCAUAGAAGAAGACUGGAGGGAACUACCAGCUGCCUGGAUUCAAGGUCUGGAAGUGGAGAGAUACUUGACUGACCCAGACUACAAUGCUGAUGUGAACAAAUACAAAGUCGCGUGCGGGCAGAGUAUCGAAGAAUGGGAGGCAAGUGGGUGGAUCAUGCACGAAUACGACGUGCGAGGCUGGUUCCAAUGGUACUGUCGCUUCUUCCAAGGUCGUCGAUGCCCAGACGAUGAUCGACAAGUGUCGAGAUGGAGGAAGUGUGUAGGUCCGACAGGCCGAUGGAAGCGCAUGUUAUUGAAAGCCUAUCUCAAACAGGGUGUCCAUGAUGUCUUUGACGACGGCGAGGACGAGGAUACAAAGGAGGUCAGUCCUGUCAUGCAUCAGACCUGCCACCACUGGGCAUACGAGAUAAAACAGCACGACUUGGACGAAGCAUGGGCGUGA